AUGGCUCUGGCGAUGCUUCAGGACUGGUGCAGGAAGAUGAGUGUGAACGCAGAGCGCUCCCUGCUCAUCCUGGAUAUCCCUGACGACUGCGAGGAACAUGAGUUCCAGGAGGCCGUGCGGGCUGCCCUGGCGCCCCUGGGCAGGUACCGAGUGCUCAUCAAGGUCUUCAGAAAGGAGCUCGGGGCCAGGGCAGCCUUGGUGGAGUUCGCUGAGGGUUUAAACCGAAGCUUGAUUCCCCGCCAAAUAGCAGGCAAAGGGGGACCCUGGAAAGUGAUCUCACUGCCCCAGGCCCCUGGUGCUGAGUUUCAGGAUAUGCCCAGUUUCCCUGCACAGCCCCAGGGGCAAGCAGUGGCCAGAGGUGUAGGUGAGGCAGGAGCUGCAGGUGAGGCAGGAUCUGUAGGUGAGGCAGGAGGUGUGAAUGAGGAAAGAUCUGCAGGUCAAGAUGAGGCAGGAGGUGCAGGUGAGGCAGGAGGUGCAGGUGAGGCAGGAGGUGCAGGUGAGGCAGGAGGUGCAGGUGAGGCAGGAGCUGCAGGUGAGGCAGGAGGUGCAGGUGAGGCAGUAGGUGCAGGUGCGGUGGAGGCCUGGACCCAGUCAUGGCGCCAGACCCUGCGGCCUCUGGUGAAAACUAUGGCCUACCGGGAACUGAGACCCUUUUCCGGGAGGGAGCAGCCAGGCUGCGUGGAAGAGUCCUUUGAGAGCUGGUUGGAGGACGCCAAAGAUAUGCUGCAGCUGUGGUGCCACGCGUCGGAAAGGGAGAGAAGGAGGCGGCUGCUGGACAGCUUGGAUGGCCUGGCCCUGGAUAUCGUGAGCGGCCUCCUGGAGGAAGAUCCAGACUUCUCUGCGCAGGACUGCCUGACGGCGCUGGGGCAGGUGUUUAGGAGCCGGGAUACAUGGAUGACCUCGCGGAUGAAGUUCCUGACCUGCACGCAGGGGCCCCAGGAGGGGCUGUUUGCCUUCGUGGUGCGCCUGGAAGGCCUGCUGCAGAAGGCCGUGGAGAAGGGGGCCGUCCACCCAGCCAUGGCCAACCACCUGCGACUGCGGCAGGUGCUGUCUCGGGCCCGCCCCAGCGAGGCACUCCAGGAUACCCUGAGGAGGAUGCAGCUGGAGAGGAGGCCACCCGGCUUCCUGAGGCUGCUGCGGCUCAUCCGGGACAUGGAGGCGUGGGCAGCCUCCCCAGCGAGGAGCCAGCAGGGUGUGCCCUGGGCAGCGGCCCCAGUGGAGAGUGAAGACCCACCUGCUGCCCAGACCUCCCCAGCCCAGGGGGACGCCAGCCAGGCUGAUCCGGGAGCAGAAGAUGCUGCUGAGGCUGCUUCCGCCACCAAAGAGGCCGCCAGGGGCGCCCCUGCCACUGGGGAAGGUGAAAAUGCCCCUGCAGGCCUUCAAGGCCUAGGUCAGGCAAGGUCCCCCGACGCCCCUGGGGGCCUCCCAGCCAGGAUGGGCAGUGCAGUUGACAUGGCCCCAGGAGGUCCCAGCUGGGAGCCAGAGGGCCUUGUCCAGGUCGGAGGCCAGGAGGCUGAGGAGCCUCCCCAGGAGGGGCUCAAGCCCAUCUUAGAGGAGUCAGAAAGCGAGGAUGAGGACGGGGCUGGGGAGGCGGGCAAGCCCAAGUCCCCCCCAGGGAAAUAG